AUGGAAAUGGAUUAUACGGAAAUCUUGGAUUUCGGCGAUGAGCCUGUUACAGAUGUGGAGUCCAAAUUAAAAAUACUGAAGUUUUCUUAUUCCUGGGCGGAUAAGGUGGAAGAAGAAGAGAGGCUGAAGAGAAAAGAAACUAAUUCACAACCAGAGGCUGGUCUCUUCCUGGAGGAUUAUCUGAAAACUUUUGAUACAAUGUAUGAACAAGUUCCAUCAAAAGGGACAUAUUCUGAGAAAAGACGCAAUAUCAAAUCAAGCUAUUCAAGAGAUAAUGUGAAGUUAAGGAAUGAUCCAGUUGAUUUGGCUCGUUACAACAGAAACAACCCAUCAACAACAAGAGGACAGCAGUAUACAAAACCAAGAUUCAGAAACAGGAGAUACUACGAUACUCGUGAUCCACAAUUUGGGAAAUAUCCCAGAAAACUGAGCGAUGACACACCUCCAUUUAGAUACAGAAAAGCUAAUGCUUUCCCAUCCAAGGAUGAAACAUUCCCCUCCAGGAAAAAGGAGGACAACUGCUCUGUCAAAAAUGGUCUGAUUAACCUCCAUUAUACUCAUUUGAAGAGUUCCAAAAAUAUUGACGACAACAACAACGAUUUAGGAAUUAUAUCCAGCAACAUAAAAAAACACAAUGGUCCUGUAAAUGGAAACAAAGAUGACAAUUCCAAAACAGAUAUUCCUUCUGUUAAUCCGGGAACAACAGAAAACAGUCCAAGAGAAGAGGUCGCCCAAGUUCUGAAAAAUCUCAUAGACGAUGUUAUCCGUGUUACCGGAAACCACUACGACAGGCGAAAAGAAGAUGUUGGUCGUGAUAUGGAAGGCAUGAAGAAAAGUCUCAAAGAUCACCAUGGCAGUGAUACUGGAAAUAAAGAAAACAGUCCCAAAGUUGAUGCCAGUCUGUGCAGGAAAAAUACAGAUAACAGUUUCAAUCAAGAUAAAGUCCAUUUUAUUGAAAAAGAAUCUGACAUUCAGAGAGAUGGUACACUCCAUGAUGUAAAGAAUAUACCUGAAGCCAGCAGUGCCAUACAGGAUUGCAGCAAUGUAACUGGAAACAAAGAUGUCCACCUCCAAAACACAGACAGUGUUUCUCAUGUUACUGACUCCACUGAGAAUUGUUUCAUUAGGAAAACGCAAAAGCCUGUGUGCAUUUAUGAUGAACGAACAGGAAUGGAAAUUGGGGAGAACCCGGCGAUUCAAGUGCAGUAUCUUCCCUGUGAUUCAAAAGAGAAUCAAAAUGCUAGUAUUCAACCGACACGUUCAGAAGACAUUUACUCCCAAAGCUCAGGGAGGGAUACAGAAAAGCAAGAAAUCAUAAAGGAUGAAACAUUCCCCUCCAAGAACCAAGAGGACAGCUGCUCUGUCGAAAAUGGUCUGAUUAACCCCAAGUACACUCAUUUGAAGAGUUUCAAAAAUACUGAUGACAACAACAACGAUUUAGGAAUUAUAUCCAGCAACAUAAACAAACACAACGGUCCUGUAAAUGGAAACAAAGACGACAAUUCCAAAACAGAUAUUCCUUCUGUUAAUCCGGGAACAACAGAAAACAGUCCAAGAGAAGAGGUCGCCCAGGUUCUGAAAAAUCUCAUAGACGAUGUAAUCCGUAUUACUGGAAACCACGACAACAAGCCAAAAGAGGAUGUUGGCCGUGAUAUGGAAAUCAUGAAGAAUUUUCUCAAAGAUCAACCUGACAGUGAUACUGUAAAAGAAAACAGUCCCAAAGUUGAUGUCAGUCUGUGCAGGAAAGAUACAGAGAACAGUUUCAACCAAGAUAAAGUCAGUUUUAUUGAUAAAGAAGCUGACAUUCAGAGAGAUGGUACACUCCAUGAUGUAAAGAAUAUACCUGAAGCCAGCAGUGCCAUACAGGAUUGCAGUAAUGUAACUGGAAACAAAGAUGUCCACCCCCAAAACACACAUAGUGUUUCUCAUGUUAUUGACUCCACUGAGAAUUGUUUCAUUAGGAAAACACAAAAGCCUGUGUACAUUUAUGAUGAACGCUCAGGGUUAGAAAUUGUGGAGGUUCAUGCGCAGUAUCUUCUCUGUGAUUCAAACAAGGAUCAAAAUACUAGUAUUCAACCGACACAUUCAGCAGACAUGUACCCCCAAAGCUCAGGGAGUGAUACAGAAAAGCAAGAAAUCAUAAAGAUUUCCAAUGAGGAGGAGAAAACAUGUCUUGUAGAUUUAACACAAGCUGCUUCUGUAGCUCCACUCAAAACGCAUAUUUCCCAGAGAAAUGGUCUAGUUGUCAUGGACUCUGAGAUUUGUUUGUUAUCAACAGAGAUUAUUUAUCCAGAGGAGUUUCAGCAUAAAAAUCCCAAUUUGAAGGACUCUGAAAGCAUUGCUGAUGAUGAAGAUUUUACUGAACACACUGCUAGUGUAUCAAACAAGAGAUCACCUUUCUGGCGUGUGUUUCUUUGUGGAUCCUGUUGCUCAUCAGUGAAUAAAAAAGAAAACCCUAUUCAUAGAGAAAAAAUUGGAAUUCUAAACAGAAUUCGGAAGUUUUUCAGGAGGAAUUAAAGUUGUAGGAAUCCAGAUUAAAUUAAUUUAAAGA